CAUUUACGGAUUUGUACUCGAGAAAUGGCGACCUAGAACAAUCGGAAACAAGCGCGAGCUGCGUCUCCGGAAGCUCAUCCCUCUACUGAUUCCUGCUCGUGUGUAUAUAGGUGUAUGUAUAUAUAUAUAUAUAUAUUUUUAUAAGGUUUUAAUUUUAUUUUAUUUUAGCGCUUCGUUCCUAUGGAAACGAGCUGUCUGGAGAACAGGAUGCCGUAUCAAAACCAGAAGCAGGUGGUGAACAGCGAGAGGCGCGAGCCCGAGCACGCGGUCAAGCAGGUCCGGUUCGCGGGGAAAAGCUGCUGCAGCAGCAGCACGAGCGCCGCUACGGUACGAGGAGCAGAGGAACCGGCGGCUGCUAACGUUAAUGACGACACCAUUAAUGACGACACCUCCAGCAGCGACACAGCGAAGGAGAUCGGACCUCAGCUCAAACUUCUGCCUUUAAACGACCAAAUCCGAGAGCUACAGACCAUCAUCCGGGACAAGUCCACCAGUCGAGGUGAUUUUGUGUUUUCUGCUGACAGACUGAUAAGACUGGUGGUGGAAGAGGGACUCAAUCAGCUUCCUUACAGCGAGUGCACUGUGAUCACACCCACAGGUCACAAAUAUGAUGGGGUGAAGUUCGAGAAGGGAAACUGUGGUGUUAGCAUCAUGCGCAGUGGCGAGGCGAUGGAGCAGGGUCUGAGGGACUGCUGUAGGUCGAUCCGCAUCGGGAAGAUUCUCAUCCAGAGCGAUGAGGAGACUCAGAAAGCCAAAGUGUUUUAUGCCAAGUUUCCUCCUGACAUCAGCCGCAGAAAGGUGCUGCUCAUGUACCCCAUACUGAGUACGGGUAACACAGUGAUUGAAGCUGUCAGGGUGCUAAAGGAACACGGACUCCAAGCCAAACACAUCAUACUGCUGAGUCUUUUCUCCACACCGCAUGGUGCAAGGUCCAUAGUAAAGGAAUUUCCUGACAUCACAAUCCUGACCACUGAGGUUCAUGCUGUCGCUCCCACACACUUCGGCCAGAGAUACUUCGGCACAGACUGACAGACACACACACACACACACACACACACGCUUCUGCCCUGCUGACCUGAUUUUUCCUAAUUUUUGCAGUGUUGGUGAAUCUUUCAUGUUUUAGUAUUCUCACUGCGCUCUCUCUCUCUCACAUCACAGACUGUACACACACACACACACACACACACACACACACACACCAUGGACCAUGUGAGGGGGGAGCAUCUGGGGGUAUCCUCUCUGAAGCCCCGCCCACAUUGUCAUGGACACGCCCCCACCCCUUCUGAUGCACUCAGUAACCACGCAGCUGCAGACAGUUUUAUUUUCUCUGCGUUUUCAUCCUCCUUUUUUAAACUGUGUUUUUAUUGUUAUUAAAAUUCUAGUUUUGCUAGAACUCUGUGUUCAUCAGCUAGUCACCGAGCGGUCACUGAACACGCCAUGCGCUGUGCUGAAGCUCUGCACACUCUCUCUCACACACACACACACUCUCUCUCUCACACACACACACACACACUCUCUCUCUCACACACACACACACACACACUCUCUCUCUCACACACACACACUGCUGUGUCGAUGUUUCCGAGUGUGAUCACGCAGCCGACGCCCAUCCGGUACGGAGAGAGAGCGCCGUGUGUUUAACCCACACAGGCUUUAUAUAUGGGAAAUAUAUAGGAAGGUCAAUACUUGAAUGUAAAUAAAAUCCAUAAAGCGUUUUAGCCAUCAAUCACCUUAGAAGCCACGCCCCCACAUCCAUCCAGAUCCAUUUUAGCGUCAGGAAACCUGAAGGAGACACAGAACUCGAACAGGACUGAGGGAGAAAACCAGAUACAGAGAUUUGUGUGGGCGGAGCUAAACAUUCACUCCACCUUCCCAGCGCAGGGCGUUCCAGUUUGCAGGUUCGGGCGUGGCUGUUUUUCCGCGUUCUCUGGUGCGCUCUGUGCUCCGUUUCCCAGAAGGUUCUGCCAGUGUUCUAAGAACUCGGAGGACACAUUCCGGCUCCGGUGCUCACGCUCCUCCUCGCUCCUCCUCCUCGCUCCUCCUCCUCCUCGCUCCUCCUCCUCCUCGCUCCUCCUCCUCAUUCUCGCUCCUC